AAAGGAUGUAAGUGGUACACUAUUUCUCUUUCUCUGUAGAAGGGACCCGUGAAUGAGUAUCUGUUAGCAUUUAGCAAGUUAUUAGUUACGUCUUCGAGAUCUCAGAAACAGAUAUGUCUCACACAAUUCUGCUGGUGCAGCCCACCAAGAGACCGGAAGGCAGGACAUAUGCAGACUAUGAGUCUGUAAACGAAUGCAUGGAAGGAGUGUGCAAGAUGUAUGAAGAACAUCUGAAGAGAAUGAAUCCUAACAGUCCUUCUAUCACAUAUGACAUAAGCCAGUUAUUUGAUUUCGUUGACGAUCUUGCGGACCUCAGCUGUCUUGUGUACAGGGCAGACACGCAGACCUACCAGCCCUACAACAAAGACUGGAUCAAAGAAAAGAUCUACGUCCUGCUAAGGCGUCAAGCCCAACAGGCUGGAAAAUAGGGAGUGGGUGGGAGAUGCAAAUGGACUGAGAUAUUUUUGAGGCUAGACAUCAACUUCAUUUGAACUAUGCAACAUCACAGGACUGAAUAGCCAGGCCUUGUGGUAAUGUGGUGCUGCUUAGUUCACAUGUUGCUGAAUGUCUAUUUAGUCAAAUGCAAAAAGUUAAAUGUUACAAUCUUUUCCAUUUUAAAUUUUUGUAACAAACAGAAGAUAGGGACUUGGCAUAUUUAUCAGACAUGAGGAUAAGAUGGGUAAAAUGGGUACAGGAUUUGUUUUUUUUAGUCCCGCUCAAUUGAUUAUGAUGUGUUUUCUUGUGUUUUGUUUUUUAAAUUGUGGUUUAAUCCAGUAAAGUAUACUGUUUACACAUUUCAGAUUGUUCUGGGUCGUCUUUUUUCCCAGCUCUUUUUUCCCAGGUUCUCGGUUCCAUUUACAAGUUUUGUUGGCCCUUUAUCUGUUAUCCGGUUUUUAUUACUAGAAAAUAAAUACCUUCACUCAGUACAUUGACAAUAUCAAAACUGCUUUUGUUUUAAGCUGUGAUGGAAAAUAGUGUAGUAAAACAAAGGAUGCCUUUUUA